GGUGGGCCGUUCUUCUGCUCAUGGUCUUUGACGGCGCCUCGAAGCUUGGCCUGGGAGGAUGGGAAGGUCGAUUGAGACGGAUGCGGCGGGCCGUUCCUCUGCUCAUGAUCCUUGACGGCAGUUCGAAGGUCUCCGCGUGCUUGCUUGUUGCGGUUGCGGUCGUCGCGAUUCUCAUGGUUGCCGUGGUAUCCGGUCUCAUCGUAUCUUUCUCCGCCUCUCCUGCGAGGAGCUCUGCCGUCAACAAGGAGGAGAGGUCGACGUUAUGAUGAUGCAUAUGGGAGAGCUCGAGGGUGCCUGAGCGUGGUUCCG